AGAAGGGGAUAUACAACGGCCAUGGAUUCAAGCAAGGUCCUGAUUGUAGGUUCCACCGGCUACAUCGGCGCUUGGAUAACCAAGGCCUGCCUGGCUUCUUCCAAGCACCAGACCUUCUUGCUCACCAGCCCUACCUCUCAUGCCAUCAUUUACAAGCUGCCACUCCUCCUCUCCUACAAGCAAGCAGGUGCUACGCUGGUGCAGGCCUCCCUGGACGACCAUGAAUCUCUGGUCUCCCUCCUCUCUGGGAUCGACUACGUCAUCUCCGCCAUCGCCGAAGAGCAAAUUGAACAGCAGCUCAAGCUCGUCCGGGCCAUGAAGCAAGUUGGAACCAUCAAGAGAUUUCUUCCUUCAGAAUAUGGAGUGGACCCAGAUUUCAUGGAGCACUCCAUCGCGCCUGGUUCACUGUUGUUUGAGCAGAAAAGAAGGGUGAGGCGAGCCGUUGAGGAGAGUGGGAUCCCGCAUACUUACGUGGUUGCUCACUGCCUUGCCGGUUCUUUCCUGUCUGGCCUGGGUAAUUAUGGGCGGUUCUGGCCGUCGGAGGCCAAAGUGCAGAUCUAUGGCGACGGAAAUCACAAAGUGGUUUGGAUGGUGGAGGAAGACAUCGGGAAGUACGUGGUGAAGGCCAUGGAUGAUGUGCGAACCCUUAACCGCACCAUCUAUGUACGACCUCCAUCAAACAUCAAAUCUCAGAUGGAGGUUGUCAACUUGUGGGAAGCUCUUAGCGGGAAGACCCUGCAGAAGGAACAUAUCACCGAGCAGCAAUGGCUUCAAAAGAUACAAGAUGAGAACCUGCCGUGGGAGUUGAGACUUGUAUUUUCCAUUAUCUAUCACAUCUUCUUUGAAGGAGUUAUCAUGUCCUUCCCCAUCAGCCAUGAUAAUGAAGCUUCAUCACUCUAUCCUGAGGUUAACCAUGUGGACAUCAACUCUUAUCUCAGUGGUUUUCUUUGACCAUGUGCCAUCGCUUGCUCUUCUUGUCUCCAUAACAAAUAUCAAUGGAGUUCAUGGUGUGUUAACUCCAUAUUUCUGUUGCUUUGUUAAGAAGAUUCCAAGUGCAUGCAUUCUGAUUGCUCAUGAAAUCUGAUGUCUUUCUAUAUGAUAAAUGGGACUGAGCCGUACAUGUAAGUCAUCCUCAGCCAUUGCUGGAUUAGUGCUUAAGUUGGCAAAUCAUGAUUAUUCUGCAAA